GCCUGCUUCCAUGGAUGAAGGCGGAUCUAUAAUAUGUGGGCUGAAGUGGAGAUGUCUAUUACAUUUUCGUAUUGGUGUCGUAAUGUCGUAUCACGGCUGGCGUAUUGGCGUAUUGAUGUAUCGUCCGUUCUCGAGGCUCGCCGGGUUUGAUGGACACCCCUGGAAUUUCCAGCUCAGGGUUAGGUUUUGGUGGAUGGAUUUAGUAGAUAUACUCGUUAUUCUUCUCGUCCUUUUUCGCAUCACCAUCAUCGCGACACUCUUUUAGGUGAUAAAUGCGCUCUAAUUAAAUCAAAAGUAAAUUAUCAGAACUUCGCCAAAUCUCCCUCCCGCCGGCGUUUUGAGACAAAUCUAAUAUUCAACCAUGGGGGGAGACACGACCGUCACCGAACAAUAUUGGAACAAAACAGGACUUACCGGUCUAGUUGCACGCAGCCUCCUUCGCACUCUACAAGUCAUCUUCGCC